UCCCCAUCUGGCAAUCACUACUGGGCGUCUAACCAUCAAUAAAAAAUUUACAGUCCAUCAUUGGUCCACCAUGUCAUUGUUAUAUUUCCAGAGCUCUCCACACCUUCGUGCUAUUAUUUCUCGUCGAUCAGCUAGCAGGUAUCUUGCUGUUGCUAGAUGGAUUCAUGCAGGACAGUCAACUCCUCCAUAUGAAUCCAAGUAUGCAGAGAGGCUUCAGCAAAAAGCAAAAGAGUGAGGCGUGUCUUCCUUUUCACCCAAUUGCGUGACAAUGUACUGACAAGUGAUCCAACGUUACCUUUCUGUUUUGCCUUUUGGGGAAUAUGGUACCGCUCCAUGGCAUCAUCAGGCAGGGAUUGGAAUUGUCUGAACUGAGAACGCGAGCAACAGAAGAAGCCCGCCGUAAGGAGGUAGCCAAGGUGAAGUCAGCGCGGCUUUCGCAGGCGCAACCACCAAGGUUGGACAAAUCACCUUCAGAAUUGGAUCGAAGCAAAGUGUCAGGAUCUUCGAGGUCUCGCAAAGACAGCUCUCCGGUGAAGCCGCUAGAAUCGAUCAUCAAUGUUCCAAGGUUGUUGUCAACACCUCAUACUGCAGGGCAAAUCUCGGCCUUAUGGACGGCCUACCAUACUUCUCGUACAGGAGGAACGGGUCGGGGAUUUAUCUGUGCAUCCGUACCGGUCGAACUCUACAACAGAAUGCUUAACAUAGGGAAACAGUAUCCUAUGUUUGUCAUGCCUGUCCCUCGUGAGGGCUCUCCAGCUAUAUCACCUGAAGGUCAAGAAAGCGGGAUUGCCCACGAAUUCUAUUUUCUACAAUGGGAUUUUCACGCACCUCCGUCGCCUCCAUCUGCCACCGGUCCCGACCCAUUCUCUUCCGCUCUUCCUAGUGACACAGCUGCUCUACCCCGAACGUCGACGGUUUUAUUUACACCACUCCAGGAAUACAAACUUCGGCAGUCAUUCGCGACGCCCUAUCUCAUUUUAACUUUCUACCCCGACUUCGCCCAGACACACGGAAUAGUGCUACUUCGUGGCGAGAUCACACCGUCAGCAGCUACGGCGGCCGCUGCUCCAAGCCAAGGCACGCCAAGCGCCCGUUUUCUGCUGAGUCAGGUCGAUGCUCAGCUGCUCGCGAUGGGCGUGCAAAAGUUUUAUUUGUGGGGCGAUGGGAGUGAAGAUAGUAAUCAGGGAGGAGAUCUGAGCGCUGAAAAGCUACUCAGGCAGUUCCACGAACAGCCCGAGGAGUUCAAUUGGUCGGAUCUGCUUAGACAUGCGGGUCUUACCCCCUAG